AUGCCGCGGGAGAAGGUUUCCGUCGUGUGGUUCAAAGCCACAGACCUGCGGACUCACGACCACGAGCCUCUGAGCCUUGCUCAUGCAGCAGGUCUCCCUGUGCUGCACCUCUACGUGCUCGAUCCCCGGUGGUUCAAGAGCACGCCGCUGGCCGGCUUCCCGCGCACCGGUGCACGGCGUGCUCUCUUCCAACUGGAGGCGCUCGCAGACUUGAGCAAGCGACUUGAGACAGCAGGGCACAAGCUGUGCGUCCGGCAUGGAGUCUCGACAGCCCGUGCCUUCGAAGAGCUCUGUGAUGACUUCGAAGUUGCAGCGUGCUACGCCUCCAGGGAGGUCUGCCCUGAGGAGCUCAGGCUGGAGCAGAAGGUGCAAGAGGUCUUGAAGGCAAAGCGUGCCGGCGAACUACAGCUCUGCUGGACCUACGAGCUGCACCACUACGAUGACCUACCUGCAGAGGUGCGGAGGAAGGGGGCUUCGGGCUUCUCUGGCUACCGGCGUUGCUUCUCUGAGCGUGUAGAAGUGCGGGCUCCGCAGCCGCGUGUGGACCUGGCCAAGUCAAGUCCCGUUCACUGGCCACGUGCCGAGGGGCUGCCCUCCAGCGUCACUGACCUGGGCCUUGCCGCACCGUCGCCGGAGCCCGACGACCGAGCGGAAGUCACUUGGGUAGGGGGCGAAACGGCAGCCUUGGCUAGGCUAGAGGAGUAUUUCUUUGAGAGCAACGACAUCGCUUUGCAGUUUGUCGGUGCGACCAACUUCCCUCACGACGGGCACAGCAGCACGGCUGCGAAGUCUCAAUCGAAGCUGUCUCCCUGGCUUGCACAUGGCUGCUUGUCCUCCCGGUACCUCUAUGCAGAGCUAAAGCGCUACGAGAAGGAGCGCCGGCAGACCGACUGCACAGCUCGCAUGGUGCACGAGCUCUACUUCCGCGAUUUCGUUCGCUUCAGUGCCCUCCUGAAAGGCAGUAAAAUCUUCAAGCUUGAGGGCAUCUAUGGCCGCCACCCGCCAGGUGGCUGGCUUCAAGAGGACGAGUUGCUGGCCCCUUGGUGCCACGGGCGAACUGGGUUUCCCUUUCUGGAUGCUUCGAUGCGCGAGCUGGAGGCCACAGGUUCUUGUUGCCACGCAGGGCGCGAGGUUGCAGCCUGGUUCUUGGUGUGUGACUUGGGCAUCGACUGGCGGCUGGGUGCGGAGUGGUUCGAGUCCACUUUGAUCGACUACGAGCCAGCUUCCAACUGGUUUAACUGGGCAUUCACGUGUGUCCCACGUGCCACCGGCGGCAACAGUAUCCAAGAGGAGGCCAAACCACUGCGGCCUCCAAGGACGCGGCUGCAGACCCUGGAAGCCAUCUAUUGGGCAGCGCAACAAGACCCGGACGGAGAGUACAUCAAGCUUUGGGUGCCAGAGCUCCGAGGUCUCACAGGGGACUUGGCACGGGAACCUUGGAAGGCCACUUCCCAGGAACCCGAAGAGGCCCCACGAGUGGGAUCAGCUCCCGAGGAGUGGCCUCCGGCGCUCGCGAAGGAGCGCGAGCGCAUCGGCUGGGCGCGGAGGACUUUCCCCGCCGGAGGCUCCCAGGUGGCCGUCUGGUGGGGCUGUGCGCGUGAGGGCGCUGCAUCUGCUGCUCCUUCAGGAACCGCAGAGCGGAGGCUCGACCCGGAUGAUGGCAGGGAGUACACCUUGGAGGGCCUGAAGGAGAAGUACAAGGGCCAGUACAAACUGGAGGAGGUCCGAUUGUACUGGAAGAACACGUGUGAGCCCCUCGAGGCCAAGACGGACCCAGCAGAUGGCAAAGCAUAUACAUUGGCUGAACUGCAGGCCAGGUAUCGCAAGCAAUACACUCGGCAGGAGAUUGCCGAGUACUUCAAGUCCUCCUGUGCACCAGUGAAGGAGCGGAAGGGCGGUUCGGCUUCUGCUCCUCGGAAGACCAACGCAACAGGCUGGCCAGAAGGGUAUCCGUUGCCGAUGUUGCCACCAGCGUCCUUCUUCAGUAUCGAGGAGAUUGCGGAGCAUUCCCGGCGUAGCCAGGCACGGAAGGCAGCGAAGGCUGCCCGGCUCGAAAAGGAGAUGGGCGGUGGCAGUAGGGUCGCAGGCUACACAGCUUCCAGGUCAGAGCCUGGCAAAGAGAAGGAGCCGCCGAAGCCUAAGCAGGGACCUCGACGCUGGGCCAAAGCUGCACCGGGACGGGACUCCUGA